AUGUCAUCUUCAACAGAUAACCAUUUUUGUUCAAAGAAACAUACUAGUGAUGAUAUAGAUUUCGAUAUCGAACAAGAAGUGUUACUACAGAUGAAGAGACAGAACUCUACAGGUGGUAAAUAUUAUCCGGAUCUCAAUGAUAUCAAUGGUGGCUUCUCGAUGAUUGGUGUUGAAGAGGCUUUAGAUUUAUUAAAAAUAUCAAUUUCAACUCCUCUGCCAGAUCACCAAAUUCUAUUUCCCUGGUUACACAGCUAUUCAGAUGGAUUAAUUGAUAAGCCUAGGAUAGAUGGGUUACUCACUGUUGUGAGAUCAAAAGUUAGUCCCGAUGGCAACAUUGAAAAUUCUGGGAUAUUUCGUUCAUCUACAGAUCCAAAGGAUUUUUUUGUUAAUAUCAACGAUGUCUCCAAUUUAAUGGGUUCUGAAAAUAUAAGUAAUACAAUCAAAGAUAUUCUAUUAGACUUAUUGACUGUAGAUGACAAUAAUUUUAUCGAAGGUACUCAGAUUAGCAUGGACUGUUUACUUUCAACUUGUCUUCAAUUGAACGUGAUACCUUUUCUUAAAUCAGACGCAACAAUUCAAUCAUUUAUUAGCAGCAAUAAAAGAAAUAGGGUGGGGGACUUCUCAUCAUCAUCUGUUAUUUGGAAGCAAACUCAUUCCUUUAGAAGAUUUGAUUUACAAUGUGCAAAGAUGGUAGAAGCUUCUUCAAAGAUUCUAAUCUAUUGUCUACAUGCAUCUAAUGAACAUAGAUUUUGUUCAAAUUGUACUACAAUAAUGAUAUUAUUGAAAAUAUCAUUAAAUCAUUUAAAAAAAAUUUAUAACAAUGACUCUAUCCAUUUACCAAGUUUUUACAUUUUAAAAUAUUCAAAUAUUGAAAAUAUUCCUACCGAACUCUUAGCCAUACCACUUUUGCAUAACAAUAGCCCUUUAAAAGAAAAUUCUGGACAAUUAGUAUCAUAUCUUGAUGUAUCUGCAUUUAAUUGUUGGGAAACCAAUUUAUUAUACCAUGAAAAAUUAGAGAUGUCUAAAUUAUCAUCGGUUACAAAUAUCGACGACACCAAAGCUGUCUGGGCUGGUAAUAUUACAGAUUACGAUAUAUACGUUUUUACUAAUGGAUACACCAAUAUAAAAUUUGAUAUUACAAAAUUUGAUGAAAAAGACUUAAAGACCACAGUAACUCUCCCGUCAUUAACCUUUGAUGAAGUAAAUUAUAAUUUAAAUGAUUCCAAGCUAUUUGGAUUCCCAUCGAUAAGUAAAAAAUGGACUCUAUUUAUUAAAUGUGGUGAAAAUAAUAUAAUACCAACUUCUGAUGAUUUAUGGUUAUAUUUAGAGGCAAUUUUAAGAGGUAAAAAAUCUACUGUUAAUAUCGAAUUUCCAAGUUCAGGCUCCAUAGGACUAGGGAAUUUAAAUAUGAAUUCGAUCAAUUCUAUUUUAAACUUGUGCUAUGUGAUUCAUCAGUUAGCGAAAAAGGAUAUCAGCACUUUUAUCUAUUGUACCGAUGGAUAUACAGAAAAUUCAUUCAUAAUAGUGGCAUAUUUAAUAUUUGUGUGGGACUUACCAAUUGAAAAGGUUUUAUUAAAGCUUCAUCUAGACUACGAGAGACCUUUUUUCCUAUUCCAUAGCGAUCUCCAAGUGCUUGGUCACUUACAAUCUAUUUUAAGAGAAUUUAGCCCUCAGAGAGAGCAAAAUCAAAAAACUUAUGAGGCAUCAUUUACUGAGAAGAUACCAAGCCAAUUAGAGAUAAGUUCAGAAAUGUUCAGUAAGAUAUUUUUUAUUAAAGUACCUGCAUCUUCUGAUUUGACAAAAUUUAAAGGUCCAUUACCUUCAAAGAUAUUACCUCACCUUUAUCUAGGUUCAUUGGAACAUACACACUCUCAAGAACUUUUACGUAAUUUAGGAAUCAACUACAUCGUAUCAGUAGGCGAAAAUUUAAGUUGGAUUGAUGAUCAAGAGAGUACUCAGCAUAGGGCCAGAGGUUGCUCGUAUCCAGUUAGAAUUGAUCUGAAAGAUAUUUACGAUGUUCCAUUAAGACCGACAUUAUUUAGAAGUUCUACCUCAACUUCAUCUUUAGACCAACAGUUACCUAUCUAUAACGACACUAAUAAAGAGAUUGAAUCUACUUGGUCAGAAGUAAUAGAAAAGGAUGGAUUUAAAAUAUUAAGAGUGAAUAAUAUUACUGAUAAUGGAUCUGAUACUUUAUUACAUCAAUUCAGUCAUAUAUUAGAAUUUAUUGAUGACUGUUACAAAAAUAAUGGGAAGGUUUUAGUUCAUUGUAUGGUCGGUGUCUCUCGAUCAGCUACUGUCUGUAUUGCUGAGUGCAUGAAAAGACUUAAAUGUGAUGUGAUAAAAGCAUAUUUAUUUGUUCGUGUUCGUAGAUUGAACAUUAUAAUUCAACCAAAUUUAAUGUUCAUGUAUGAAUUACUACGAUGGCAAGAAUUACAAGAAGGUAGAAAAGACCACGAAUGGCAUAUAUUGUGUAGGUCAAUUUAUGAAUUAAACAAGAAAUAUUUAUAA